UUGCUCCCCUAUUUCUAGCAUAGGUGAUCUCCCUAUUGGUGUUUUUGGUGUGUAAACUUGUUGAACAAGGUCUAAUGUGGUAUGUGGGUUAAUGAUGUUGCGUGGCUGACAAAGAAAGCGAGAUGGAGAUUGGGUACCCAACAGAUGCCAAGCAUUUCUCUCAUAUCGAAUGGGGCAGCCAUCUGCGCUAACAAUGGUUUCCCAAACUGACCAUAAUGAUUAAGGGUUAGUCAUGGAGUAUGUUCUUCUUCUUCCGCUCUACUGUAAGUCUCAAGCAUGGCAGAACCUUAAUCUCCCCUCUUGUCAGAAAAAAUUCUCUGGCAAGACUAUCUUCGAUCCGGGAAGGCAACUGGGUUUCAUUAGAUACCAAACCUCUCAAUACCCAGAUAACACAUUACAUGAGAAACGGAUACGUAAAAGAAGCUCAAAAACUAUUCGACGAAAUGCCUCAUCGAAACACCGUCACAUGGAAUUCCAUGAUCCGUGGGUAUUUCAAGAAUGGUAACUUCCAUAAGGCACUUCUUUUGUUUGAUCAAAUGCCCAGUCGUGAUCUCUUCUCGUAUAACACCAUGAUCGCUGGAUUGAUGCAGUACGGUGACACUAAUGGUGCAGAGAAAGUUUUCGUACAGAUGACUGUUCGUGACGUUGUUACUUGGAAUUCCAUGAUAGCAGGUUAUAUCCGCAAUUCUUUGAUGGAUGACGCGCUUAUGUUGUUCAAUCAAAUGCCCUCACGGAAUGUGAUUUCCUGGAACUUGGUCAUGGCGGGUCUGGUGAACUUGCAGGCAAUUGCUCUAGCAGAGCAGUUGUUCAAAGAAAUGCCAACACGAGAUGUUGCAUCCUGGACUAUCAUGAUAUCUGGCCUUGCUAGUGCAGGGCGGAUGGUUGAGGCCCGCGAACUGUUCGAGGACAUGCCUGUUAGGGAUGUUAAGGUGUGGAACACAAUGAUGGUUGGAUACAUAGGAAAUGGGAAUGUUGAAAUUGCAGAAGGAUUGUUUCAGAAAAUGCCAGAGCAGGAUUCGGAUUCUUGGAACGAGCUGUUAAAUGGGUUGGUGGGUUGUCAAAGGAUAAAUGAUGCUGUGAGGCUCUUCACCGAUAUGCCCCAUAAGGGUCCUCGAUCAUGGAAUUCGAUCUUGUUAGGAUUGAUUAGGAGUGGGCUCGUUGAAGAAGCUCAUGGUUUCCUUGAGAAAAACCCAUUUAAUGACGCAGUUUCAUGGACAAAUGUGAUCAUUGGAUAUUUUGAAUUAGGAGAUGUUGGCACUGCAAUUAAGCUUUUUGAAUUGAUGCCUGAUAGGGAUGAGACUGCAUGGAAUGCAACAAUAUUUGAACUAGGAGAAAAUGAUCAUGGUGAGAUUGGGCUAAAAUAUUUCGUUAAAAUGAAACAGAGAGGUCCACCACCUGAUGAAGCCACUUUUACCAGUAUCCUGACCAUCAGUUCGGACUUGCCAUCCUUAGAUUUCGGGAAGCAAUCUCAUGCACAGAUAAUCAAGACAGGUUACAAUUCUUUCAUUGCGGUCUCCAAUGCAGUUGUUACAAUGUACGCUCGAUGUGGAGGUAUGCGUUCUGCUUUAUUGGAAUUCUCCUCCAUGCCAAUUCAUGAUGUCAUUUCAUGGAACUCUAUAAUAUGUGGAUUUGCUCACAAUGGAAAUGGUAUGAAAGCCCUCAAGAUGUUCAAACAGAUGAGAUCAACAGAUGUUAAGCCUGAUCAAAUAACGUUCGUUGGUGUUCUAUCAGCUUGUAGCCAUGCGGGUUUGAUAGAUCAUGGUGGAUACUAUUUUAACUUCAUGAGAUACAAGUGUUUUCUUCAGCCAACAUGUGAGCAUUAUACUUGUAUGGUUGAUUUGUUAGGGAGGUUUGGACUCAUCGAUGAUGCUGUGAGUUUCAUUGAUCAAAUGAAAGCAGAUGGAGUAGAAGUCAGCUCAAGUGUUUGGGGAGCUCUGCUUGGAGCCUGUAGGAUCCACAAGAAUGUCAAAGUGGGUGAGAUUGCCGCAGAGAAUAUUUUGGCAAUAGAACUUUGUAAUGCUGGUGUAUAUUUAAUCUUAGCUGAGAUUUAUCUCAACUGCGAAAUGAGAGAAGAUGCAGAAAGGAUUUGGACUAGGAUGAAGGGGAGAGGUGUGAAGAAGCAACCAGGGUGCAGUUGGAUUGAGGUGAACAAUGUUGUGCACAUAUUUCUUGCUGGAGAUUGUUCACACCCUGAGUUUUCUAGUGUCUGUUGUGUUCUAGAUUUACUAAAAACUGAGAUGGAAAAUGAAUUUCAAUGAAGCAAUGCUGGUUCUUUUGCUAGAGUAGUUGAUUAAUUGGGUAUGUUCUUACUGCAAAAAAAAAAGAGAGAACGAUAAGAAUAAACUGAAUCCAAAUGCAUGCAGCAGCUUGUGCCCCAUGAGACAUCAAAAUAGGUGAGUGAGAGACAGCACACUCUUUAGGAGCAGAAGACCCAUAUGGAGAGAGUUCCAGGUGGGCUUCGCUAUGCCACGUGGCAUGUCCAAUAGGGCUGUAACUUCGUGGACAAGUGGACUUCAUAGUUCUGUGCUCACCUAUUAAAUUGGAGUUGGCCAAGUGGCAAAUAAAAGAUGGAAGAAUUCAGGACUAAAAAGAGGGUGAGCAGGUAAACAUGGACAGCUGACAAAUAUAAGGAUGCAUCAUGCAGGGACAGGGUUAUUUGAUUGAAUUCAAGUCUGAAACCGGAUCCAUUUCUAAUCCAGACCAGUCCCUACAUGGCGAAUGUUUGGAAUUGCCAAUCACCUUUCCACAUGGCAGUAACCAGGGUUUAGGAAACUUUUUUUUUUCCUAUUUGGAUGGUCCACCCAAGUUCUGGAAAGGAGCAAAACCAAGAAAUAAGAGUAGAACACAGAAGAGCUUUCCAUUUUUAA